GACCAAGUCCACCUUGAUGCUCUGCGGGUUUCAGGCUACACAGCCUAUCGCAAAUCAAUAUCCCAGCCGCCAUCGUCAUGCCUCAGUCGGAUUGUCCUUUUCCAGGGACAAAAAUUCUACAUCCGCCCUGUUCGAGGGGUGAGGUAAGACCAAGGGACAAACUCGACGUUAAAAGAAGCCCAGUUUCUCUUUCGCGCCGGGUGUCUGCUACCAGGGCUACGAGUUGUCCAUUGUCGUCAAAUAUUGCUCCCCUUCUGAGCUGGCUGCUACUUACCUGCUUGCGUGUUGUGUAGCUACCGUUCACAGAAAUAUUUCCGCAAACAGCCACUUCGGUAGGCAUGAUGCCUCAACGAUGACAAAGGCAAGUCCAUCGACAUGGGUGACCAUAUACGGAUUGCCCCCAGUGCGUUGGCGAACCCUCACGAUGGCGACCAGCUCCAUACCCGACAGGCGUCGACAGACACCUGCCUCCCUCCGUCCCUUCUCUCUGUUAUUCCCGCCUGCGCAGUCGACUGCGUUCAACAAUUUGCGAGCCACAAUUACCCAGGAGCCACAUGCGCAAAUACCUCAGACAUUGAAUACCUCUGCACACAAUCUAACAUUUCAGGACUUACUAUCGGCGAGGGUUCCGUACAGUGCGUGGUCUCAGCUUGUACGGGGCAGGAUCAGGAGGACCUGGAUGUGUACGGCGUCUGCAACUCUAUACCAGAUGCUCAACCGAGGACGGCUCGCACCAUCACAGCUACAAUCAUUGGGUCUUCCACCACCACAUCUAGCACUAUGGAGAACCUGCCCGCCACGAUAGGGAAUCCAACCUCGACCGAGGAGGUUAGCACCAUUGUGAUGGCUACGGAUACACCAACGCGGAUGAUAGCAACAUCAGCAGCCUCCCCCACAUCUGGAGGUUUAUCUUCGGUAACGGAUACACCGACAAAUACUAUGAUGGGCCAGACUACCAGUGGGUCUGCUGGGUCCGACGGAACAUCAGGAGCUGUUGCUGUGCCAGAACAGGUCACCCCUCGAUCGGGUCUUACUACACCUCAAAUUGCAGGAAUUACCGUUGGCGGUGCUGCCACCGUUGUUAUCGUUGUUGGAUUGAUCCUUCUGCAGAUCUGGAUACGGAAGCGACGCCGAGAGCGCCGGCGUAGCCAAAGACGCUCACGCCUGGUUGAAUCAUCACCUCCGGUGAACCCUCAAAGCUUCGAGAAAAAGACUCCGCCAAACUUCGGAAAUGCUGGAAGUACACUUACAGUGCCCAGUACUCAGGGUCGCUUCUAUGCUCCGCAACAGCCGACGGAAGAAAAGAGAAGAAGCUUCUGGCGGAAGAGCAUCAGACCCGAAGAAAUCGGGAUAGCGGUCUCACCAAAGAUGCCUGGCGAGCAUUCUCCUGUAAGCGCGUCUUCUCAGCAAAGCUUCUCUCAUCUGCUACCUAAGGCACCUCCUGGAGUUCUUUGGCCUGCACAACUCGACGUCGAAGCUACCAGGGAACGAAGGAGAUAUACGCAACGGCCCGUGAGUGAUGCCACGGAGUUUGACGAUGAGCCAGAAACGAGACCACAAGAACCUGAGCGAGUUUUCGUGGAUAAUCAACCAUUCAUAUUAGAGAAACCUCCACUGUCAAAACGGCCAAGGGGCCCGCCUCCAAACCUGAGAUUGCCGGCGUUACCAGAAAGCCCAGCCAAGUCUGCAGGACAGACAGCAAGGAUUCCCUUGACUCCAACUUACGAUAAUGGCAAUGUUGAUUUAUCCUCACCGCAAACCAACUCCCAAUCACCUACCACCUCACAGCUAGCCCUUCCAGUAGCGGAACACAAGCUGCCCGCGUCGUCAAUGUACGCAAACAGAAGUGUCCUGAGGAAGAAGCCUCCAGCAAGACUCCCUCUUCGGGUCAUCAACACUCCGCUUGAGGAGCCUCUCAUACGACCACGGAAUCCUCCGAUGCCACCACAAUUGGCACCACCGCCGCCUUCUGUAAACCGACGAACUAUAGCUGUCAGCCGUAGUUUGGAUAGGCAAAGUUCCGCGAGCUCCGUUUACACGGAGAUUGAGGAAGAUACAACACCCGAAGAAGCAAACAAGCAACUUGGAAUAAAAACGAACCCUGCGACAACCUCGAUCGUACCUCUCGACAUUCAUGACAUCUCGCCUGUCCAAGAAAGCCCCAUCAAGGAUUUGAGAUAUCCUCGGGUUCCUCGUUCGGCCGCCAUAUCCAGACAGGCAGACAGACCUGCCCAACUUCGAUCAAGUUUCAAUCUGUCCCCUACCUCAGCUUUUGUACCAAUAUCAACUUCAACUCUUCGACCGACCAAGGAUCAGCUUGUCCGCGCCGAACUCAGCUUUAUGCAAACAGAUACCACCUCCUCCGAUGGAUACCUGUCCGAUGAGAUUAUCGAGUUUCCCAUUCCUCCUGUGUCGAAGGUUCACAGAAAAAACUUGGGCGAACUCAGGAGCAAUCCGUCAAGCGGUAACAAGGGCCCUCCUCUGCCCGCCCUUAGUCCGUCUCUGAAUGAAGUGAUGAGCGCUAGUACCAGAACAGUGAACAUCAUGGUUCCGCAACGGUCGCCAUCCUCCAAGGCCCGAUUGACACCAAGUAAAUCGAGCAGCGGUGAUUUAUAUCUGACAGUUGAGAUUUGAGAACUGAACGAUAAGGAUUUGUCAUUCAGGAAUUGUAUUAUCAUAGGUAUUGUUGUCCGCUUGUCCGGACGCUCAUGCGUGUCCUUGGCACGUCCUUGAUGUAUUAUGAGAAGCCACAAGUGGUAUGAGAAAAGACCGAUAGAACAGAAACAUCAUUUAAUCUUCAAAGCAUGUCUC